AUGAACGAGGAGUCAGCCAAGCUAUCCUCCCCCCUCCUCACCCUCCACCCUCCCCCCGUCCUCCCCUUCCAGUCAUCUCCCUCCCAGGUUGACAUCCAUCACUGCUCGGGAGGCCACCUCUACUCUGACAGCUUUGUCAAUGUAAAUUACUGCAGUCUGUCUGGAGUGCUCUCAGCCCAGGGAGAGCCAGAGUUCUGUUCUGCCACACCAUCACUACCCUUACCACCACUAACAUCAUCCCCACCAUCACCACCUCUAACACCAUCCCCGCCAUCCCCGCCAUCACCACCAUCACCACCAGCACCAUCAAUACCACCCCCACCAUCCCCGCCAUCACCACCAUCACCACCAUCCCCACCAUCACCACCUCUAACACCAUCCCCGCCAUCCCCGCCAUCACCACCAUCACCACCAUCACCACCACCAGCACCAUCAAUACCACCCCCACCACCACCACCAGCACCAUCAAUACCACCCCCACCCCCACCACCAGCACCAUCAAUACCACCCCCACCACCACCAUCACCACCAUCAAUACCACCCCCAUCACCACCAUCACCACCAUCAAUACCACCCCCAUCACCACCACCACCACCAUCACCACCCCCAUCACCACCAUCACCACCAUCAAUACCACCCCCACCACCACCAUCACCACCAUCAAUACCACCCCCACCACCACCACCAGCACCAUCAAUACCACCCCCACCACCACCACCAGCACCAUCAAUACCACCCCCACCACCACCACCAGCACCACCAUCAAUACCACCCCCACCACCACCACCAGCACCAUCAAUACCACCCCCACCACCACCACCACCACCACCAUCAAUACCACCCCCACCACCACCAUCACCACCAUCAAUACCACCCCCACCACCACCACCACCACCACCACCACCACCCCCACCACCCCCACCACCACCACCAGCACCAUCAAUACCACCCCCACCACCACCCCCACCACCACCACCAGCACCAUCAAUACCACCCCCACCACCACCACCACCACCAUCACCACCACCCCCACCACCACCACCAGCACCAUCAAUACCACCCCCACCACCACCAUCACCAUCAAUACCACCCCCACCACCACCACCAGCACCAUCAAUACCACCCCCACCACCACCACCACCACCACCAUCAAUACCACCCCCACCACCACCACCAGCACCAUCAAUACCACCCCCACCACCACCACCCCCACCACCACCACCAGCACCAUCAAUACCACCCCCACCACCACCACCCCCACCACCACCACCAGCACCAUCAAUACCACCCCCACCACCACCACCAGCACCAUCAAUACCACCCCCACCACCACCACCAUCAAUACCACCCCCACCACCACCAUCACCACCAUCAAUACCACCCCCACCACCCCCACCACCACCAUCAAUACCACCCCCACCACCACCAUCACCACCAUCAAUACCACCCCCACCAUCACCACCAGCACCAUCAAUACCACCCCCACCACCCCCACCACCACCAUCACCACCACCCCCACCACCACCACCAGCACCAUCAAUACCACCCCCACCACCACCACCAGCACCAUCAAUACCACCCCCACCACCACCAUCACCAGCACCAUCAAUACCACCCCCACCACCCCCACCACCACCAUCACCAGCACCAUCAAUACCACCCCCACCACCACCAUCACCACCAUCACCACCACCCCCACCACCACCACCACCACCCGAACCACCAGCGCCACCAGCACCUCCACCAGCACCACCUCCACCCCAUAAUUGUCCCUCCCCUCCCCCCCCUCCCCCUCCUCUCCCUCCUCCCGUCCUCCCCCUCCCCCUCCCUCCUCCCCCUCCUCCCCCUCCUCCCCUCCUCCCCCUCCUCCCCCUCCUCCCCCAGAGGCUCCCGCUGCUGUCAUCAGCAGCGGGAGCCUCUGGGGCGCAGACUCCUUCACAGCAGCAGCAGCAGCAGCAGCUGGAGCUGUGA